CCAGGCUGCUUUGCGUGUUCAUACAUCUGACGUUAUUUCCGGGCCGGUGUGAGUGUGCGCUGGUAAAGACAGAAGAAAAUAAAAUGGAGGAGAUUGGGAUAGUUGUGGAGAAAUGUCAGGAAGAGAUCGCUGUCCCGGCCUCUUCCCGGCCUCAGACCGCCUUCUCGUUUCUAGCACCGGAGCCAGAGGACCUAGAAGAUCUUUACAGCCGCUACAAGAAGCUGCAGCAGGAGCUGGAGUUCCUGGAGGUCCAAGAGGAGUACAUCAAGGAUGAGCAGAAGAACCUGAAGAAGGAGUUCCUGCACGCUCAGGAGGAGGUCAAGAGGAUCCAGAGCAUCCCGCUGGUCAUCGGGCAGUUCCUGGAGGCUGUGGACCAGAACACUGCCAUCGUGGGCUCCACCACAGGAUCGAACUACUAUGUGCGAAUCCUGAGUACGAUAGACAGGGAGCUGCUCAAACCCAACGCCUCCGUCGCGCUGCACAAGCACAGCAAUGCCCUGGUAGAUGUGUUGCCACCAGAGGCAGACAGCAGUAUCAUGAUGCUCACAUCAGAUCAGAAGCCAGACGUGUUGUACUCUGACAUCGGAGGAAUGGACAUCCAGAAACAGGAAGUGAGGGAGGCCGUAGAGCUUCCUUUAACGCACUUUGAACUCUAUAAACAGAUCGGAAUCGAUCCCCCCAGAGGAGUGUUGAUGUACGGACCUCCUGGCUGUGGGAAAACUAUGCUGGCGAAGGCAGUAGCACAUCACACCACAGCUGCGUUUAUCAGAGUUGUCGGCUCGGAGUUUGUCCAGAAGUACUUGGGGGAGGGACCCCGGAUGGUGCGAGACGUCUUCCGAUUGGCCAAGGAGAACGCCCCUGCCAUCAUCUUCAUCGAUGAGAUCGACGCCAUUGCCACCAAGAGAUUUGACGCACAGACAGGAGCUGACAGAGAGGUCCAGAGGAUCUUGCUGGAGUUGCUGAACCAGAUGGACGGUUUCGACCAGAACGUUAAUGUCAAGGUGAUCAUGGCCACUAACAGAGCAGACACGCUGGAUCCCGCUCUGCUCAGGCCCGGCCGACUCGACAGGAAGAUCGAGUUCCCACUUCCUGACCGCCGGCAGAAACGUCUCGUCUUUAGCACCAUCACCAGCAAGAUGAACCUGUCCGAGGAGGUCGACCUUGAGGACU